UGAUGUGUGGCUGAUUUAGCGACUGCCAUACCAUCGUCUUCCCGCGAUCACCUAAAACGGAAUGAAAGACCACAGAGAAACAGCGACUGUAUCUGUGUAAGUGGAGAAGUUCAGCCGGAGCAGUGGCGGAGCUCAGCCUGGGAAAAUUACCGUCAAUAUGUGAAUCGCAGGGAUCGCGACGAAUUCUUUUGCAAAGUGAAAGUCUCUGUUGUCAUGGAGGUUUUUUCUUCAACUUGAAUUUAUGGAGGUCGUCGGCUCAGUGAAAUUGUUUUCAUCGUCACCAACGAACACAGUUUCAGGCUUGUGUUACUCUCCCUCCUCUUAUACUUCCUUGUUUUCUCCCAAAAAGAAGAAGAAGAAGAAGAAUUUCCUUGUAGUUUCCAAAAGCAAAAAGCAGCCACAAAGUCCAUCGGGUGAUUCUGAUCCUCCGAGAAUUACGUCAAAUCUGAAGCAGAAUUUGCAGUUUCUGAAAUUAUGGAAGGACUUCCAAAAGCGAAAAUCUAGCGCACCCAAGCCUGCUACUAGUUACCGGAAGAAGAAGGUAGAGAAGGAGGACCUCCCCGGAGAUACGGAGCUUUAUCGUGAUCCCACAUUGACUCUUUACUAUACCAACCAGGGUAUAGACAAUACAGUUCCUGUCUUGCUGGUUGAUGGUUAUAAUGUGUGUGGCUAUUGGGUGAAGCUUAAGAAGCAUUUUAUGAGCGGGAGACUUGAUGUAGCCCGCCAAAAGCUAAUUGACGAGCUUAUUACAUUCAGUAUGCUGAGAGAGGUGAAAGUGGUAGUUGUAUUUGAUGCGAUGCUGUCUGGACUCCCGACACACAAGGAAGACUUUGCUGGAAUUGAUGUGGUUUAUUCAGGUGAGUCAUGUGCAGAUACGUGGAUUGAAAAAGAGGUAGUUGCUCUGAGGGAGGAUGGAUGUCCCAAAGUUUGGGUAGUGACUUCUGAUAUCUGUCAUCAGCAUGCAGCACAUGGAGCAGGAGCCUUUAUUUGGAGUUGCAAGGCCUUAGUUACUGAGAUAAAAGCAUCAAAAAAGGAGGUUGAAAUGAUGUUGCAAGAACACAGAUCGACAUCUUUCCAGGGGAAAUUGUUAAAGCAUAAUCUCGAUUCAGAAGUUGUCAAUGCUCUCAAUGAUCUGAAAAGGAAGCUAAACGAAAAUGAAUCGAAGUAGAUGGGAAGUUUAUUUGUUUCUAUACUUGUUUUCUCUAACUCCAUUCUUUUUACUUGAUUACCUCAUGUUCAUAGUCAUGUCCGAAUCUGUUUCAACUCAUACCUGUUUCAAGCUGAUCAAUGUAAGGAUGAAAUCACAUUGUUUCUUUUUGCGUACAAAUCCUCUAGAUUUCUGACAGAAAACAACCAUAAGUUUGUUGAUAUGCGAUGAAGGUCUAGGUUCCCUAGCCUUUCU